AUGAUCAGAGAAUGGGAGGAUGGCUGUCAGAAGACUGGAAAACAGAGGGCUAGAGAGUUAAGGGCCCAAGAAAGGAAGACUACAGAGGGGAAGUCAAGUAAGAAUGGACCGCCAGUCCAAGUAUUUAAUAUAAGAGAUUCCUUUCAGGAUAAAGGCUCCCUGUGCUGUCAAGAGGAUCUAUGUUCUGCUUCACCAUUGGGGAUAUGGACCAAAUUCUACAAAUCAGACCCACGCAUUGCCCUCGGGAAAUACUCUCCCUUGGAAAAGGAGAUCCUACGUCUAGGUGGCGUUCACACAGUAGCAGCCAGGAGGUUUCUGACUUAUAAGCAAGAGGAAGAAAGGAAAAUGCUCAAGGAACUACAGUUGCUGUCUUCAGACUACAAACAGGCGGUGGAAUAUAAAAAGGAACAUACCCCUUCUUGUGCCACCUGCGGGCCCCUAGAGAAAUUAUGGACGGCGAAGGUGAUGGUGCCCCCGGAGGAGUUCCGAAUGCCACGACGGGAGAGGCUGACCAUCAGCAAGCACAUAGAACGGAUGCAGCUUGCUCGAGCCCUGAGGAAUAAGCAGUUUUUACCUUAUAUUGAAAGAUUUAGGAGCUCUUCACUUCUGUCAGGAGGAGGCCUGGGCCUCAUGGCAAGGGACAAGGCUGGGGGAGGCGAAGACGUCGGGGACACCGAUGACUGUGAUGAUGCGCAUCGAAAGGAGAGAGACGAGGCAGAGAGCAAAACCACGAGGAGACAGGAAAUAAAGAUGAACGUAAUCUUCAAGUCAGAAGAACCAAAAAAAUGUGGAACGUACCAUCCAAAUGAUCUAAAACCAUUCCUCCCCACCAAGAAAGCAGAAAGGUCCAUCACUGGCUUAUCAAACAGAAAUCUUUUGCACCUGGCUGAAUUCCCUGGAGACCUGAUGCUGAUGAAUCAGGAUUUUAUAUCACGGGGAGUUCACCCCAGGGAUGUGUCGAAGGCCACCUACCUGGAAGAUGAGAGUGCCUGGAAAGAGAACAUGCGCAAAGCUGCUUCCCGCCACUAUUAA